UCCGCGCCGUUUCCGGUAUUCACGAGCGCUUCUGUGGAGGCGCGCGGGUCCUGAGGAGGAACAGGAGCAGCGGGCGCCUCGUUGAGAUUACUGUCGCCCCACUUAACACCAUCUUCGGAUUGCGGAGCGAAACGGCGCCCUCGAUAUCUGCUCGAAGACAGAAAACCAACGUGCUGCUGCUCGGAGUAUAAUCACCGCGUGGCCGCGCAGACCCCGCGGGAUCUCCGGUAGGGCAAAACAAGUAAACCGUUACGGUGAAGUUAGCGAGCGACCGCGCGCUGCCAUGUCGGGUGUUGUGCGAGGCCCCGCCGGCAACAACGACUGCCGGAUCUAUGUUGGAAAUCUCCCCCCUGAUAUUCGCACAAAAGACGUGGAGGACGUGUUCUACAAAUACGGGGCGAUACGAGAUAUCGAUCUGAAGAACCGGCGGGGCGGGCCCCCUUUCGCCUUCAUUGAAUUCGAGGAUCCCAGGGACGCGGAUGACGCGGUCUAUGGGCGAGACGGUUACGACUACGACGGCUACCGGCUGCGCGUGGAGUUUCCCCGAAGCGGCAGAGGCUCGAGAGGUGGCUUCGGGGGGAUCGGUGGGGCUCCCAGAGGGCGAUACGGGCCUCCGUCCAGACGCUCCGAGUACAGGGUCAUCGUGUCGGGACUCCCUCAGAGCGGCAGCUGGCAGGACCUGAAAGACCACAUGCGUGAAGCGGGCGACGUCUGCUACGCCGACGUUUUUAGAGAUGGAACCGGGGUAGUAGAAUUUGUGCGCAAAGAAGACAUGACCUAUGCCGUACGAAAGCUGGACAACACCAAAUUCCGCUCGCAUGAGAGAACGCUUACGAUCGUGCUGAAAUUAGACGGCCCCCGCAGCCCAAGUUACGGAAGAUCCCGCUCCCCCAGCCGCGGAAGCAGGAGCAGGAGCCGAAGUCACAGCGCCAGCCGCAGCCGCAGCAACUCCCAUUGCCGCGGUAGAGGGUCGCCCCGCUACUCGCCGCGCCACAGCCGCUCUCGCUCUUAAACCUUUCUACCCCCCCCCCCCUCGGUGUUUUGAUGUACUCUGCGGUUUUUACCCGCUUUUUUUUGUUCCUUCAGAUGUCGGCAAUUGAUCUGAAUUCGUUCGCAUUUCAUGUCCCGAUGUCCUUGUGACUGAUCUUGGUAUGUAGCUGUACCCCCCCCCCCCCCUCCCCUCACAUCCCUCUUCUUCCUCUUCUUUUAUCCUCUUCCCAACCCUCUCCAGCUGCUUUGUCCUUUUUUGUUUUUCUCUGUCCUCUCAGUUUCUGCAACAUUAAGAAAUGUGCUGUGUGGAGAUUCAAAAAUGUUGAGUUGUUAUAUGCUGCACUCAAUGUUUUUGCAAGUGUUGAAAUAAUUUUUUUUAAAAAACAACACACAUAGCAUCUCUUAUUGGAUACGUGCGGUGGGCUGUUGGGACAGGGAGCACAAUACUUAACUGUAUUUUACCCUUGUGUCUUCCUCUUAGAAAUCGGAAGAGAAGGAUUAAAGUGAUUUGGAAUAAAAACCAUUGUGGAGCACAUUUCAUUUGUAUGGUCAGAAUAGGACAUCUAAUUGAGGAGCAAUCAGGUCGAGGCAAUGGUACGCUUCAUAUUCCAUAAAUUGAACGUUUUGAUAGGUUGCCAUAUUAUGCAUGUCAUAUUUAAUAAAGCCAUAUGUGCUGUACUAGUUUUAACUUGCUACUCUGGCUUGUGACAAAAUAAGCAGUCCUAGAUCAAGUGUUGUGAUGUAAGUGUAAGAUCCUUGCUGUCAAAUGUAAAACAAUCUGAAUCACUACUUUGUUGCAAAGACGUUCCACUUUUAACUUGUCAUUGGUUAAACAUUUUAAAUUCAGGGAGCUGUAGUGUUUGAGCUCUAUGGUGUUUUUCUCCUUCUCGAUCUUAAAAUUCACAUGAGUGCACAAAAAUGGAAAAAUUGGGCCUACAAAUUGUAACAUUUUAUUCUAACAGUCUGCCUGUGGUUUUCUUCCUGGUAUUUCAAGGUUUUGAUUGGACGAGUGGCUCAGUGGAUCCCAAUCCUUGGCGCUGGAUGAGUGGAUCGAUUAGGAAAGGGAUAGGCAAGGAUGGAUGCUCGGAACGGGAUCAGUUUUCCAGGAUUCAAAUAAGUUUGAUUUCAGUGCUAAUUAACAGGAGUCCCGGAGCAACUUUCUUUUUUUUUCCCCAUUAGGACCCCGUUGCCUAUUUAAAGUUUUCCAAUGGUAAUUGCUUUUAUUUUACAAGAAAACGAAACUGAGGACCAGGAAGUUGGAUCAAAGGAUGGAGUCGUAGAUGCCUGGUAUGAAAGAAAUACAAAUUUGGGAGGUUGGAGUUUCAUGUGGGAGUAGUUUGUAUAUUUUAUUUUGAUUAAUCUUGAUUUUUCUCUUAGCAUUUUCAAUAAAAUACUUCCAAACAAAAAUAA